AUGAUUGCUGCCCCUGGGCGCAUGAUUGCUGCCCCUGGACGCAUGAUUGCUGCCCCUGGGCGCAUGAUUGCUGCCCCUGGGCGCAUGAUUGCUGCCCCUGGGCGCAUGAUUGCUGCCCCUGGGCGCAUGAUUGCUGCCCCUGGGCGCAUGAUUGCUGCCCCUGGACGCAUGAUUGCUGCCCCUGGGCGCAUGAUUGCUGCCCCUGGGCGCAUGAUUGCUGCCCCUGGGCGCAUGAUUGCUGCCCCUGGGCGCAUGAUUGCUGCCCCUGGGCGCAUGAUUGCUGCCCCUGGGCGCAUGAUUGCUGCCCCUGGGCGCAUGAUUGCUGCCCCUGGGCGCAUGAUUGCUGCCCCUGGGCGCAUGAUUGCUGCCCCUGGGCGCAUUUGCUCCCACGGCCUCUUCUUGUGUUUCUUUUACUCGCCCUGGUUCAUACAGUCACGCUGGGAGUCAAUGGAUGAAAUGGAUGUUGAGAGAGCGGUGGGGCCACUGGUUGACGUGGUCAAGGAGGCGGUGCUGGCAGCAGUGAGAGAGCAGCUGACUGAACGCGAAAGGGUGGUGAAUGGGUUACGGCACAUGUUAAUUGCUGUGGGACAGAAGGAACAGGCGACUGCUGCUGUGGUGAAGGAGAUGGAGGGAGAGCUGGCAGCAUUGAAGAGGGAGAUGGCUGAGCACAAGCAGUCAACUGCAUUGCAGCUGGAGGAGGCUGAGAGGAGACGAGUGGCUGAGAUGAGGGAGAUGAGAGGGCAGGUGGAGGAGAGGGAGAGAGAGCUGGCAGCAGUGAAGGGGGAGGUGACAACAGUGAAGGUGAAGGUGACUGCAGUGAAGUUUGAGGUGGAAAAUCUGAAGUCUGAGGUGAAUACAGUGAAUGGGGAGGUGACGGCAGUGAAGGGGGAGGUGACUGCAGUGAAGGGGGAGGUGAGUGCAGUGAAGGGGGAAGUGAGUGCAGUGAAGGGGGAAGUGAGUGCAGUGAAGGGGGAAGUGAGUGCAGUGAAGGGGGAAGUGACUGCAGUGAAGGGGGAAGUGACUGCAAUGAAGGGAGAGGUGAGUGCAGUGAAGGGGGAAGUGAGUGCAGUGAAGGGGGAAGUGAGUGCAGUGAAGGGGGAAGUGAGUGCAAUUAAGGGGGAAGUGACUGCAGUGAAGGGGGAAGUGACUGCAAUGAAGGGAGAGGUGACUGCAGUGAAGGGGGGAGUGACUUUAGUGACGGGGGAAGUGACUGCAGUGAAGGGGGAGGUGGCUGCACUAAAGUGGGACCUGACUGCUACAAAAGGGGAGAUAACUGCAGUGAAGGGAGAGGUGAUUCCAUUGAAGGGGGAAUUGGCAGCUGUAAAGGGGGAGGUAGCAGCAGUGAAGGGGGAGGUGAGAGCAGUGAAAGUGGAGGCCGCUGAACACAAGCAGGCAAUUAAGUUGCAGUUGGAGGAGGCUGAGAGGAGACAAGUGGCGGAGAUGAGAGGGCAGGGUGAGGAGAGGGAUAGGGAUGUGAAUGCAGGGAAAGCAGAGCUGGAUGCAGUGAAGAAGGAUCCUCUCAUGAACAUGGAUGUUGACUUGACGAUGUGCGAGGAGUUAGUCCAACAGAAUGUGCGAGUCCUGAUGCUGGAGAGGGGGAAUGUUGCCUUGGAGAAUGAGGUGAGUGCGUUGAAGCGCUCACUGGGUGUUGUGGGAGAGAGGAGUGUAGCGACUGCCGCUGUGUUGGAGGAGAGGGGGAGAGUUUUGGCAGCAAUGAGAGGGGAGCUUAUCGGAGUGAAAGGGGAGUUGGCUGCAGUGAAGGGGAAGGUGGAUGAACACAAGGACGCGAUGACAGAGCAAUGGGAUAUGGUCGGGAAAAGAAGGGAAGCGGAAUUGAGAGAGCUGGGAGAGGAUUUGGCAAGGGAGUGGGAAGAGAGGAGGAAGGAGUUGCGGGAGUUGAAUGGGCGUGCCAAGGGGCCACUGAUUGAAGUUUUGAAAGAGGCGGUGCUGCCAGCAGUGAGAGGAGAGCUGGCCGCACACAAGGAAGAGGUGAAUGAGUUGCGGCAGAUGUUGAUUUUUGUGGAGGAGAGGAAUGAGGCGACUGCUGCUGUGGUGAAGGAGAGAGAGGGAGAGUUGGCUGAGCACAAGCAGUCAACAGCAUUGCUGCUGGAGGAUAUGCGAAUGAUGAGACAGGAGCUCGUUGCAGAACUGGCUGCGGUGAAGGGGGAGGUGGGGGAGGUGAAGGGGGAGGUGGGGGAGGUGAAGGGGGAGGUGGGGGAGGUGAAGGGGGAGGUGGGGGAGGUGAAGGCGGAGGUGGGGGAGGUGAAGGGGGAGGUGGGGGAGGUGAAGGGGGAGGUGGGGGAGGUGAAGGGGGAGGUGGGGGAGGUGAAGGCGGAGGUGGGGGAGGUGAAGGGGGAGGUGGGGGAGGUGAAGGGGGAGGUGGGGGAGGUGAAGGGGAAGGUGGGGGAGGUGAAGGGGGAGGUGAGUGAGGUGAAGGGGGAGGUGGGGAAGGUGAAGGGGGAGGUGGGGAAGGUGAAGAGGGAGGUGAGUGAGGUGAAGGGGGAGGGGGAGUUGGUUGAUGUGGAGGGGGAGGUACGAGGGGUGAAGCGGGAUCUGGCUGCACUGAAGGGAGAGGUGAGUGCAGGGGGAGGUGAAGGGGGAGGUGGGGGAGGUGAAGGGGGAGGUGGGGGAGGUGAAGGGGGAGGUGGGGGAGGUGAAGGGGGAGGUGGGGGAGGUGAAGGGGGAGGUGGGUGA